UCAACCAAUAUAUAUAUAGAGAGAGGAAUCCAUUAACUUUUGUGACCAGAGCUAGAGAGUAAGAUAGUUCUUUACAUAACUUACAAACCUUCAUCUUCUUCCUUCCUUCAACCAAUAUAGAGACGAAUUACGUACAUGCAUCCAUUUGCUUUUGUGACCUUAUAAUUCCACUAAAGAGAAAGAGAGAUAUACCUACAAACAAACCUUCAUCUUCUUAGCUACUUCCCUUUAUGACUUCCAAGUAAACAUACUCCAAAGUCAACAAAAAACCAAAUCACAAACUCUCUUUAUAUAUAUCAUCAUCAUCAACAACCCCUCACAACAAUAAGACACAAACCCUGAUACACACAAAGACACAAAUACAACAAGUAGCAAAAAGAUGACAACAGUGCCAUUAGCCUACCAAAACAACACCUCAGCAGCAGUUACAGACUGGCUAAACAAAGGUGACAACGCAUGGCAAAUGAUCUCUGCCACCCUCGUCGGCCUCCAGUCAGUCCCCGGCCUCGUCAUCCUCUACGGCUCCAUCGUCAAAAAGAAAUGGGCAGUGAACUCAGCCUUCAUGGCCCUCUAUGCCUUCGCUGCUGUCCUCCUCUGCUGGGUCAUCUGGGCCUACAACAUGUCCUUUGGUGACAAACUCCUCCCUCUUUGGGGCAAAGCCAAACCAGCUCUUGGCCAGAAGUUCCUCAUAAAACAGGCUGCUCUCCCUGCCACCACUCACUACUACCAUAAUGGUUCUAUAGAGACUGCCAUGAUUGAACCUUAUUAUCCUAUGGCUUCUAUGGUUUACUUUCAGUGUGUGUUUGCUUGCAUAACUGUUAUACUUCUUGCUGGUUCAUUGCUUGGGAGGAUGAACAUCAAAGCUUGGAUGUUGUUUGUUCCUCUUUGGCUCACCUUCUCUUAUACUGUUGGGGCUUUUAGCUUGUGGGGAGGAGGCUUCUUGUUUCAUUGGGGUGUUAUUGAUUAUUCUGGAGGUUAUGUUAUUCAUCUCUCCUCUGGUGUUGGUGGUUUCACUGCUGCUUAUUGGGUUGGUCCGAGAUCAACAAAGGACAGGGAGAGGUUUCCACCAAACAAUGUAUUACUAAUGCUUGCUGGAGCAGGAUUACUAUGGAUGGGAUGGGCAGGGUUCAAUGGUGGUGACCCUUAUGCAGCCAACAUAGACUCUUCCAUGGCAGUCCUCAACACUAACAUUUGUGCUGCAACUAGUCUACUUGUUUGGACUUCUCUUGAUGUUUUCUUCUUCAAAAAACCCUCUGUCAUUGGUGCAGUUCAAGGGAUGAUUACUGGUCUUGUUUGUAUCACUCCCGGUGCAGGAUUAGUACAAGGAUGGGCAGCAAUAGUGAUGGGCAUUCUCUCCGGCAGCAUUCCAUGGUUCACCAUGAUGAUCGUCCACAAACGCUCCUCCUUGCUUCAAAAGGUCGACGACACUCUCGGCGUCUUCCACACGCACGCCGUAGCCGGUUUCCUCGGCGGCGCACUCACCGGUCUCUUUGCCGAGCCAACUCUAUGCUCUCUCUUCCUCCCAGUCACCAACUCACGUGGUGGAGUCUACGGUGGCUCCGGUGGUGCUCAGUUUGGGAAACAGAUCGCCGGAGCUUUGUUUAUUAUUGGGUGGAACCUUGUAGUGACUUCGGUGAUUUGUGUUGUGAUUAAGGUGGUGGUGCCGUUGAGAAUGCCGGAGGAGAUGUUGACAAUUGGGGAUGAUGCUGUGCAUGGGGAGGAGGCUUAUGCAUUGUGGGGUGAUGGGGAGAAGUAUGAUUCCACAAAGCAUGGUUGGUACUCUGAUGAUACACAGCAUAAUAAAGUGCCUAGUGGUGUUACUUUGAAUGUUUAGAAAUAUAUAUAUAUAUAUAUAUAUAUAUAUUGAGACUUGCAUGCAUGCAUGUGCAUGGUAUUGUGUUUGUUUGAUUGGAUUGGAUUGGAUAAGGUUGAUAAUGGAGUUAUGU